GCAUGCGCGUACUGUGGCAGGAGGCUAGCGGAAACAUAAAUAUGCAACAAAGUUUUUUCCUAAUUUUCACUCGUAAUUUAUUUUAUAACUGUAAGUAAUCAUGACGUCAAAGGUUACAGACGCCUCUCAAGACGAGUUGAUCAAUUUAAUAUAUCGGCAUUUAAAGGACAACGGUUACAAGAAAGCUGCCAACGUGCUGAGAAAGCACGCGCCCCAGGUUGAAACUGAGGAAGUGAAAGCCUCCUUAAGUGAGAUCUUUAAGGAGUGGGCAAGUAAAAGGAAUGAAGGCUUGGAUGAUGAAGACGUUCCUCUUCUGCCUUCAGGCAUUCAGACUUCUGAACUGCAGAGUCCAGCAAAGAAUAAGACAACCUCUUCAGCUGUAAGAAAGUCCUGCAAGAAACACAACACAACUGGAAACACAGCUCCCUCUGAUGCUGUUGAUACGAACAGCAAGAAAACUUCAGGAUCACGGAGCAAAUCACAGAAACAGAAGAAAAAAGAAACAGUGACGAUACCAAAGACAGGAAAAACGUCCACUUCACAAGCUUCUAAAAGUAAAACUGCUGCUGUUUCUGUGCCUCCGUUUGUCUCCUCCGCUCCAGCGAAUGAUUUCGACUCUGAUUCUGAUGCCAGUUUAGAUGUGGAGAAAUGGAGGAAACUGGUCACACAGUUAACAGAUACUGAUGUAGCGAAGAUGAAUGUCCUCUCAAACUUUGAUGAAUCUCCUGUCUCCUCACCUGGGAAGUCCACAGAAAAGGGAAAGACGACAAAGGCAACAAAAUCUAAAAAAGAGGGAGACCCAACUAAGAAUGUCAAGUCCAAGAUGCCAACCAAGAUAUCAAGAGCUAAAGCUGCUAACAUUCCUGUAAAGACUGAUGCAGCUAAGACACUUUCAAAAAAGUCUAAAGACAAGACGGCUGCUGCUGUAUCUGGGCUUCCUGAAGUUAAGACACCAUCCAAAAAGGCUGGAGAUAAGAAAAGCAGUAAUAUCUCAGGUCAUGAUGUGGUUGAAACGUCAAAGACAAAUGAAGCUAAUACUGAAAAACUAGCCGUACAUGAUGAAACAAAUGGACUUUUGAAAGCUGACAAGAUAGCCACUCCAUCUAAAAGGACUAAAGUAGUUGGUGGAUCAGACUCUGAAAGCUAUUGGACUCCAAAAAAAGUUAAAUUUAAAAUAUCGAGCAGUCUUUCUGAGCAAGUAGAGACCCCUGAAAUAGCUGCCUCUGGAACCUCAGAAACCAGUACCUCUGAAACUCCAUCUAAAAAGGCCAAGAAAAAGAAAUCAGAAAUCCUGUCUGAUGCCGAUAAUGUUGAAGCUCCUAAAAAAAAUGUCAAUAGUCUGUCAAAUACAAAAAAAGUUGCUACAAAUGCUAGCAAGCUUGCGCAAGCUAACUGUGAAGACGCCAACCCAACGAUUGAUGAUGCCCUUCUCAAGUCUGACCAAUCAGAGAUGCCAUUAAAGAAAUUAAAAGAUAAGAAGUCUAAAAAAGUGAAAACUAAGAAAAAAAAAAGUCUUGCUGAACCUGACAAAGCAGCAACAUCUGAGAAAGCUGACGUCUUUCAAGAAUCCGUUAACCCUGAAACUCUAUCUAAAAAGGCCAAGAAAAAGAAAUUAGAAAUCCAGUCUGAAUCUGAUAAGGUUGAAACUCCUAAAAGAACCGAAGAUAGUCUCUCAAAUAGCAAAGAAGUUAUUAAAGAGGUUAAGAAAGUAAAAAAUGCUCGCAUGCCUUCGCAAACUAACUGUGAAGAUGCUAACUCUGCGGUUGAUGACAUCCACCGGAAGUCAGACCAAUCAGAGACGCCGUCAACGAAAGUGAAAGACGAGAAGUCUAAAAGUGUUGAAGAGCCUGUUUAUGUUGAGACUCCUAAGAAGGUUAAUGCUACGAAAACAGAAAGUCUUGCUGAACUUGACAAAGAAAGAACAUCUGAGAAAGCUGAUGUCCUUCAAGAAUUAGUUAACCCUCAAACUCCAUCUAAAAAAUCCAAACUUAAGGCUGUUAAAGACCUCUCAGAGUAUAUACCAGGUUUGAGUAAUGAGGUAGCUUCUAAUCAAGAUCUAAAGACUCGAUCCAAAACAAGAAAACACAAACAGGUAGACCCUAUUGACGUCCUGGCGCCUGAAGAGGCCACGCCGGGGAAAAAGAAAAAGAAAAACACAGAUGGUGAAAAUGUUGAGGUUCUUCAGACAGCACCAGAAGAAGCAGCUUCUGUUACUGUAGAAACCAGCCAGAAGAAAAAGAAAAAAAAGAAAGAAGAGGAGACACGAGCAAAUCACUGAUGAUUCUCCUGUAUGUUCUCCAGCUGAGGAGGUGGUAGUUCACAAAAAGAACAAGAAGUCUUCCAUAGAGAAACGGCUCAGUAGUGCUGAAGCUCAGGGAUUUGACGGCACAGAACAGAUGUAAUGGUUCUUCAUCUCACUGUGGAACACAUCUUGAAUUAUAACUUAACCUGAAGGCAUGUUCUGUCCCUACAGUGGGCGGAUUGUAUGGGUGUGUGUACAUAUGAAUGUCUGUUUUUGUAUUUUUUAUAUUUUUAUGGAAGAAAAUCUUUAUUAUUCUUUUUGUGUUGUUUGAUUUAUAUUUGCUAACAGAGUUUUAUGUCUUAUUUAUUUUUUUUAUUUUUUUUAGAAAAAAAUAUCAUGAGACCCAGUGGUCAUAAAAUCGUGCUCUGUUAUAUUUAUUUUGGUCAUCUGACAAGUUUUCAUCAUGCAUAUUUUUUUUAAAGACGUAUAUAAAACAUUAAUGAACCACAAUACUUUAGAAAUGUUCUUGUGUGAUAUCUGUUUAAAAAAAAACACUUGGGACAAUUAAAAAAAUCUAU